AUGAAGAUUACGGAGCUGGUCAUAGACGGCUACAAGUCGUACGCUGUCCGAACGGUCAUCACUGGCUGGGACGAGAGCUUCAACUCAAUCACCGGUCUGAACGGAUCCGGCAAGUCCAAUAUCCUCGAUUCGAUAUGUUUCGUCCUCGGUAUCACCAACCUGGGCGUCGUGCGCGCGCAGAACUUGCAGGACCUCAUAUACAAGCGCGGUCAAGCAGGCGUCACGAAGGCCAGUGUGACGAUCACAUUCGACAACAAGGACAAAAAGAGCAGCCCCGUGGGCUUUGACCACCUCGACUCGAUUUCUGUGACGAGAACGAUUGUGCUCGGCGGAGCCAGCAAGUACCUGGUCAACGGAUCUCGUGCGCAGCAAAACACAGUUCAAAACCUGUUUCAGUCUGUGCAGCUGAACAUCAAUAACCCGAAUUUCCUGAUUAUGCAGGGUAGAGUCACGAAGGUGCUCAACAUGAAGCCAGUCGAGAUCUUGGCCAUGUUAGAGGAGGCGGCAGGAACGCGCAUGUUCGAGGAUCGACGAGACAAGGCAUACAAGACCAUGACGAAGAAGGAGAGCAAAGUGCAAGAGAUUGCAGAGCUUCUGCGCGACGAGAUCGACCCGAAGCUCGAGAAGCUGCGCCAGGAAAAGCGCGCGUUCCUCGACUUCCAGCAGACGCAGAGCGAACUAGAGAAGCUCACGAAGCUCGUCGUCGCAUACGACUACACACGGAUGAAGGAGAGGCUACAACAGUCUGGCGAUGAUCUGGAGGCGAAGAAGCAGCGAACGAAAGAUCUCGAGGAGUCGGCCUUGCGCAUGAAGAAGGAGAUCGAGUUCCUCCAGGAAGAUAUCAAGAAAGUCAAGGCUACAAGAGAGAAGGAGCUGCGCAAGGGCGGUAAGUUCCAGGCGCUUGAAGAGGAAGUCAAGGCGAACUCACACGAGGUCGUGCGACUGGACACAUCCCUCGACCUGAAGCGGACAAGCAUGGCCGAGGAAGUUGAGCGCAAAAAGGGCAUUGAGAAGAGCGUCAAGGACCUCGAGAAGCAGCUCCAGCAGAAAAAGCAGGUCCACGAGAAACUCCAGGAGAAGUACCAGACGGCGCGCGACGAGCUGGCGAAGCAGACGGAGGAAGUCGAGAAGAAAGAGGAGCUUCUGCAAACACUGCAGACCGGUGUUGCUUCAAAAGAGGGCCAGGAAAGCGGGUACCAGGGACAGCUGCAGGACGCCAGGAAUCGCGUCAGCGCCGCGACGACAGAGCAGGAGCAGGCCAAACUCAAGAUCUCGCAUCUCGAAAAGCAGAUCAAGGAGGACGAACCGAAAGCGAAGAAGGCCAAGCAACAGAACUCGGGCUUGCUGAACGAUCUCGAGGCGCUCAAGUCGCAGGCGCAAAAGCUGGGGGCCGAUCUGACCAAGAUGGGUUUUCACGAAGGCAAGGAGUCGGACAUGUACCAGCAGGAGUCGCAUCUACAAGCACGCAUCCGUGAGCUCAAGCAACGAGCGGAUGAGCUGAGGCGCAAGGUCUCGAACAUCGACUUCAGCUACAAUGACCCAUCACCCAACUUCGACCGAUCGAAGGUUAAAGGUCUGGUUGCGCAGCUCUUUACUUUGAAGAAAGAGCACACCGCGGCGGGAUCUGCUUUGGAGGUCGCCGCUGGAGGCCGUUUGUACAAUGUGGUUGUCGACUCCGCCGCCACAGGUAAACAGCUGCUGGAGAACGGCAGACUCAAGAAGCGAGUCACCAUCAUUCCCCUCAACAAGAUUGCGGCAUUCAGGGCAUCUGCACAGAAGAUUGGCGCGGCACAGAGGAUCGCACCCGGGAAAGUAGACCUCGCAUUGUCUCUUGUCGGGUACGAUGAGGAGGUCAACGCGGCCAUGGAGUACGUGUUCGGAUCGACACUUGUCUGCGAGGACGCGGAGACCGCUAAGCGCGUCACAUUCGAUCCAGCGGUGCGCAUGCGAAGCGUCACCUUCCAAGGUGACACCUACGAUCCUGCUGGUACCUUGUCCGGCGGUAGCGCACCGCAGUCGAGCGGUGUUCUGGUCACUAUGCAGAAGCUCAACGAGAUCACAACCGAGCUUCGAUCGCAGGAGCAGCAGCUUCGCCAACUCCAGGACACAAUGGCUCGGGAGAAGAAGAGAUUAGAUGCUGCGCGCAAGACCAAGCAGGAACUCGAUCUCAAGGAGCACGAGAUCAAGCUCACAGAGGAGCAAAUCAGCGGCAACUCUUCGUCGUCUAUCAUUCAAGCUAUUGAGGAGAUGAAGCAGAGUGUCGCCCAGCUGAAGGAAGAUGUCAAAGCCGCCAAAGCACGACAAGACGAAGCUAAGGUGGACAUCAAGCGCAUCGAACGCGACAUGAACGAGUUCAACAACAAUAAGGACAGCAAGCUGGCAGAACUGCAGUCGUCACUCGAGAAGCUGAAGAAGGCACUUACCAAGACGAACGCCGCCAUCAAGCCGCUGCAGUCCGAAGUGCGCGAGGCCAUGGUCGACUCUGAGCAGUGCGGCAGCGAUCUCGCGGCGACGCAGGAACAACUUGAAGACGUUCAAAGCACCCUCAAGGCACAGCAAGAAGAAAUUGACGAGCUUUUGGCUGAGCAGAAGCAAGCUCAGGACGCUCACGAUAUCGCGCAAGCGCAGCUGGCUGACGAACAAGCAAAGCUCACUGGUUUUGAUGAGGAGCUGCGGUCACUCGAAGACACAAUCCGCGCGAAAAACUUGUCCAUCACUGAAGGUGGCUUGGAGCAGCAGAAACUUGCACACGAUAUCGAGAAAUUCCACAAGGAGUCUGAAGGCGCUGCGGGCAACAUUGCAACACUUGAGAAGGAGCACGACUUUAUUGCCGGCGAUGCUGAACUAUUCGGUCGCGCAGGAACCGUUUACGACUUCCGCGGCGUCAAUAUGGCCGACUGCAAGGCCAAGCGGAAAUCUCUUGAAGAGCGCUUCCAGCAGCGGAAGAACAAGAUCAACCCCAAGGUCAUGGCCAUGAUCGAUAAUGUUGAGAAGAAAGAAGCGAGUCUGAAGAACAACAUGGCAACUGUCGUCAAGGACAAGAAGAAGAUUGAGGACACGAUCCUCAAACUUGAUGAGUACAAGAAGGAGGCCCUUCAUAAGACUUGGACGAAGGUCAACAAGGACUUCGGCGACAUCUUCAACGAGAUCUUGCCCGGCAGCUACGCGAAGUUGGAUCCACCCGAGGGUAAGACGAUCGCCGAUGGGCUGGAGGUCAAGGUUAUGCUGGGGAAGGUCUGGAAGCAGUCACUCACCGAGCUAUCAGGUGGUCAACGGUCUCUGAUCGCCCUCUCGCUCAUCAUGGCGCUGCUGCAGUUCAAGCCUGCACCCAUGUACAUUCUGGACGAAGUCGACGCCGCGCUCGACAUAUCACAUACCCAAAACAUCGGUCACCUGAUCAAGACGCGGUUCAAGGGCUCGCAAUUUAUUGUUGUCAGUCUGAAGGACGGCAUGUUCGAGAACGCAAACCGGCUGUUCAGGACGCGGUUCGUAGAUGGAACGAGUGUUGUACAGGCGACGAGCGCUGCAAAGUAG